AUGGCGCGCCACCUCCUCGCCCUGCACGCGAUCACCGCGGCCACGUCGAUGCCGGCGGCGGCGUGCGGGAAGCUCGGCGCGGCGGCGGCGGCGUUCCUGGCCGUGUGCGCGCUGGCGCUGGCGCUGUGCGCGUCGCACGCGGCGCCGGAGCGGCUGCGCCGAGCGUUGGCGAGCGUGAGCCGGCGGAGGACGGAGCCGGUGAUCAGCAUCCACCAGGUGCAGCCCGGCGUCGGCGAGGGCGAGGCGGGCGACGGGAUGCCGCCGCCGUGCGUCUGGCAGAGGAACAUCCUCAUGGGCGGGAAGUGCCAGCUCCCGGAAUUCUCCGGCGUGAUCAACUACGACGCCGCCGGGAACGUCGUUGUGCCCGGCCGCCCCCGCGCCAUGCCGGCGGCGCUCGGCUGGUGA